AUGGCAUUCACUCUCCUCGCCUCCAGUCCAGCCAGCUGUCCAUCUAAAAGACAGCCUGAGGGACCUGGGUUUAUGGUUGUGAAGAAGAAAGGCAGUAUGAGAAGUGAUGAAGGUCCGCAGCUGGAGAAUUUCCCCAAUGAGGUCUUGACCCAUAUCCUAUCGCAUUUGCCCGCAUCUUCUUUAUCUGCAGUCUCACUUGCAUCGCGAAGGCUUUACAAUUUGGUCACCACUCCUCACGCAUGGCGCGUCGCAUUUUCGAGGUUCUUUCCGGGCCAAGAUGUUACAGACACGUCACCUAUAACUUCGGGUCGUAUUUCAGAUGAUGAGGAACGAGAACAAUUUCGCGAGCAACGAUUCUUCACGCGAUUGACAGGGUUGGCAAGUUGGAGGAGCGAAUAUGUGCUCCGAACACGCCUCCUAAGAAGUCUUGGAAGAGGAAAACCUGCCCAAGGUGUCGAACAAAGUGGUUCAAGCCGAACAAACGGUGUCGGAAAUACAGGUGCUGUCACGACAUAUACCUCGGGAUUGUUCACGUCCGUCAAUCACCUUCAUGGCGUUUUCGCUCAAGGAAAGAAAUAUCCGCGUUUCAUUCAUGGCUCCGAUGAAACUGGUUCUGCGGGUAGUAGCGAUCCUAAACUUGGAAAAACUGAUUCUUGGGGUAUGGCCGAUCCUCAGGCGCUGCCCCAAUUUGAAGACCUCUUUACGGGCGAUGUGCCCUAUGGUCUUGGAGAUGGUCCUGCAGGUCUUCCAAACGUUAUGGAUGUUAGUCAGCCUUUCGGAAUGGUGUAUGGAGAAGGUUUUCCAGGAGGCUCGGUCUACUACAGAGCAGCAAAUGAGAUGCGUGGUGUUUUUCUAGCUCAUUCACCACCAAGUUUGGCAGACGCAGAAUCUGGGAUACCAAAUAUACCACCCCUCACCGAAGCGAUAUCCUCACUUUGGAUCGCUAAAUCUAUGUCUGUACCCAACGUCACUAAUGGUCUGAUUGGCAUCAUGACUGGCUCGACACUCGGUGUUAUCACAGCUUACAGUCUCGGCACAGAUUAUCUGAAGACCAAGCCUGGGCAGGUGAUGGCCCGUUGGAUCCCUUGUCCCGGCGUCCCUAUCAUUGCGAUUAGCGUGGAUGACUCUUAUAGUACGUCACGCAGAGCACUGGGUCGAGCUUGGGCAGUCGCUCUGAACGCUUUAGGCGAGGUUUUCUACCUAAGUGACGUACCUAUACACCCUCCAUUCAAUGCAUUAUUAGGUGAGGAUUACUUGGGUAGGCAGGCCUGGAUAUGUGGUCGUUCCGUAUACUGGCAAGUUGUGGAAGCAUCUCGACGUAUAGCACGCGAUGAUCCAUGGCAGGAGGCUGAAGUUCAUGGCAGCUAUUCCCCUAGAUCGUCAUGUUCUUCUAUGAAUCUUUCCCGGCAGCAGCUGAUAGCGGAAACCCACGAGAUUGAAAAAUUCAUGAGAUUUCGUCCCUUACAUUUCCGCACUGUCUGUCAUGGAUGGGAUAUGCGUCGAAGACUUGAAGUUGACUUCAGUGGCGACGAUGGUAACGGAGCUGGUGAGAGCGUGUUUGUAAUUGGUUGUGGGAUCAAUGCUGGAGAGAACGCCGAAAUCAAGCGAUACACAAGGUGUAAAAUCGAACAAGCAUCGCUGGACGGAUUCACGUUACCAAGAACUGCUCCGGAAACACCUCCAAUGUUUUCCAAGCAAACUAAGAUACCCUCAAUAUUUGGCAAUGUGUCGAAAAUCAAGUCAGAGGAUAUCACUUCGCCGAAUUCACCAAUAUCGCCCAUGACGAAGCUAGACCAGCCUCCCGGAGAUGUGGGGUCUCUCAUGGAUGAAGAAUGGCGAAUCUCUUUACUAUCUUUGAAAUCCUAUCCCGAUGUUGAGAUCACCACGUCUGCUAUUGACUUAUCAACUUAUGCCCUGCUCACAAUUGAUGAAGACCCAUUACGUACAGGGAAUGGGAAAACAAUCUUUACUCCUUUGCCAGGAACACCAUCUGAUGAGAUUUCGUCAACCAGCAUUCCCGGAUACCGUGCACGCUAUUUGGCUGUAGGUACCAAGAUAGGCCAAGUUAUAUUGUGGAAUAUGCGGGGCCCUCAAUCUGCGAAUCCUCAAGUGGUUAACGAGUUACAUCCCAUUCGUACUAUCGUCACAGAAUCCCCUCAAAUAUCAUGUUUGGCGGUUUCUGCAUUGUUUAUUGUUCAUGGUGGUAAUGAUGGCCUUGUACAAGCCUGGGAUCCUCUGGCAUCGUCUGCUCAGCCCGUUCGUACUCUACACUCUCGCUUCUCUUCCCGUGCUCGACGACGAUUAAUCCAAGCCGAGGCACGAAUUCAUGGUGUAGGCAUCAAUCUUUACGCGGCAGGUGCCAUUGUUCUUGAUCCUGACCCAACUAUCUUACGUGGCAUGGUAUCACUUGGUACUCAUCUUCGAUACUGGCACUACAGUUCCUCCGCUGCCGAUCAAUUCCAGACCAAAAAACGAAGGCUUCGCCGGGGUGAGCGUGGUAGUAAUGGAGCAAGUGAUCGAUUCAGCAACACUGGAAGGGGGGCUAUAUUGAGUCAAAUUGCCAUUGAACAGCAAGAAGUCGACCAGGAAAAGAAGGAAAAAGCUAAAGAGGCAGCCAGAUUUGCUGGUCGAUUUGGUGUUGGCUUCGCCGGCCUUAGUGAAGAAGAAGCUUUGCGCUAUGCAGAAAUGGUGUCAGCUCAAGCUCUCAUUGAUGAUGAAGAACGUCGUAUCAGUGAAUCUAGGUAUUUUGCAGAUACUAGCGAGGAUUCUCCUGCCAAAGGCGGUAGUAGCGCUAGAACUGUCACACCUGAAGCUAGCACUAGAAGUCAAUCUAUGGUUCCGACGUCGAGUAUAGAGGCUCAACCUGACUACGAUCAUGAUCUUGAGGAGGCUAUACGUCUUUCUUUAAUGGAUGGCCAUGCAAUCGGCGACAAUGGCUAUUCUCCAAGCAAUGGCGACUAUGAUGUAAAUUUCACCUACAAACAAAAAAAGACAGGCCGUUCAACAUCAACCUCGCCAUCAACUAGUCAAGCAUCCAAGAACAGAUUUAGUUCGGAAGGGUCAUAUCCUAUGGACAAGCAUGCUCAAUUGGCGGAUGACCUUGAGUUUGCUUUGCAGCUUAGUUUGGCGGAGGAACGUAGCAAACAAGAGGCUGAAGCUGAAGCUGAGACUGACGAGUUUCCGGGACUGGGGUAUGCGGGAACGGGGAAGGGAAAGGGUCGAGCGAUUUGA